AUGUUCAACAUGCGACAAGCACAGGCCUCAAUGUAUUGAUUAGUUGAGUCUGUUUACAGCGCUUCCUCUAUUUACAUGAUGGAUUUUCCAUUACUUUGGGCUUUCUCUAUGUGAGUUAUUUGGCGCUCGCGGCUGCGGGUCAGAAGAGCUGGAGGGAUUUUGUUAACGUUUGAGAAAAAAAACACUAUCUGGUUAGUUGGAAACGAAUUUCCGUGAUGAGUAAAAAGGAGGAGGAAGAUAUUGUCCGAAUUGCGAAGAAGAUGGAUAAGAUGGUGUCGAAGAAAAGCACGGUUGGAGCCAUGGACUUGCUGAAGGAGUUAAAGAGCAUUCCUAUGACUUUGGAGCUAUUGCAGUCUACCAGAAUUGGGAUGUCUGUAAAUGCCAUCAGGAAACAGAGUAAAGAAGAAGACGUCAUAUCUUUGGCAAAAUCCCUUAUUAAAUCCUGGAAGAAACUCUUGGAUGGACCAUCAGCUGAGAAAUCCUCAGAAGAGAAGAAAAGGGAUUCUGUGUCCUUGGCACAAAACAGUCCAGAAGCAAAAGAAGAAAGUUCAGGAAGUAAUUCUAGUAACCCCCAUGAAGCAUUCUAUACACCAUCACCUUUUCAACUAAAAAGUUAUCCACAGGCUCCUUUCACCACGGACCCUGUGCGGAUCAAGUGCCGAGAAAUGUUAGCCGCUGCAAUGAAAACAGAUGGUGAUUACAUAGCCAUUGGCUCAGACUGUGAAGAGCUUGGAGCUCAAAUUGAGGAAAGUGUGUACCAGGAAUUUAAAAACACAGAUAUGAAAUAUAAAAACAGAGUGAGGAGCAGAAUUGCAAAUCUGAAAGAUUCAAAGAACCCUAACCUGAGGAGGAAUGUCCUGUGUGGAAACAUUGCACCUGACAGAUUGGCAAAAAUGACUGCAGAGGAAAUGGCGAGUGAUGAGCUUAAAGAAAUGCGAAAAGCCUUGACCAAAGAAGCUAUUCGGGAACAUCAAAUGGCUAAGACUGGCGGUACUGAGACCGACCUGUUCACAUGUGGAAAAUGUAAGAAGAAGAAUUGCACCUAUACACAGGUUCAGACUCGUAGUGCUGAUGAACCAAUGACCACAUUUGUCGUAUGCAAUAGCUGCGGAAAUAGAUGGAAGUUCUGUUGAGAUUCUGAAGAAGCUCCAGAAGAGAAUCCAUUGGACCAGAGGUUGAUGAACUUCAAUUUCUAAUUAGUUGUGUAAAUGAGAAGUUAAAACUUCAACAAGGAUAUUUGUAGAACAAUGCAUCCCUGUGGCAGACUUUUUUGUAUAAAUAUAGUUUCCUUAAAAACAUUCUACUGUGUUUUCCUUGCAGAAUAGUUCUUGGAAACGAAAAAAAUUGCGCAUGUACAAGCAGGCAGCAACCAAGUGUAUGAAAAAUUUCUUUUUAUAUGUAGUUUGACAUUAAAGUUUUAAAACUUG